ACUCCCCCACCGACACCUCAAGCACAAGACUCAAGGCUCUCAACGACCCGGGGACGCAUUCAAGACCGACAAAAAUGGGCUCAACAAGAUUAUACAGCAAGGGCCGUGUCCUCGGACACAAGCGCGGCAAGCGCAACACCCACCCCAACACCACCCUCCUCCAGAUCGAGGGCGUCGGCUCGAAGGAGGAUGCGCAAUUCUACCUCGGCAAGCGCGUUGCGUAUGUGUACCGGGCGAAGACUGAGCGUCAGGGUUCCAAGGUCCGGGUGAUCUGGGGCCGUGUAACACGCUCUCACGGCAACUCUGGCGUGGUCAAGGCAAAAUUCAGACACAACAUGCCCCCACACGCUUUCGGUGCCAGCGUCCGCGUCAUGCUCUACCCCUCGAACAUCUGAUUGUGUAUGAUAUCGCCCCUACAUCCCUGGCAUCGUCUCUACCUCUCUCUCCGACCCUACUACGUCGUUACUGCAAAUAUGUCAUGGCCUAUUGCUGUAUGCCCAUUAGAUUCGCAGAACUUCCGGGUGCCGUGAGGAAUUCAGGAGUUGUCAUCAGGCUGAGUUCACGUCUUUCCGUCCGGACCGCUCACAACGAUAUCCGACUCAUAAGAAUAAUGCGUUCGAAAGCAACACAACACAACGACAUUAUAUUAUACAGUAAUAUACAUCCUACCUCUAUCACCCGAAGGAACUUGUCCGACCUGGUGAAUCUUUCGAACUCGAUUGCCGCAAAGACUCCUUUUUCACCUCGCUCGCCCACUUGAAGAAAUUACACCGAUACUGGUGAUCCACCUCAUCCCUCGGGCGCGCGCCCUUCCCCUUAUCAUACCCCGGGCCUACCGGGCGCGAACAAAUGUAAAACGUCUUGCCCUUGUUGGGCCCGGGCUUGUUCACGGUGAACAGCUUGGCGGGCUCGCGGUGGAUAGUGCAUUUCGGCGGGGCGACGGGCGCGAAGAGCUGCGACCAAGCUUCCUUGCCUUUGCCUUUGCCUUUGUCUUGCCCCGCCUCUGCGGACUGUUCGACCAGGUCUUGCUGUGACGCGGAGAGCUCGCACGCGAGGAGGUAAUCAGCGUGCAAUUGGUGUUCCGUCCCUCCUCCCUCGGGGUCGUCGUUGUCGUCGUCUACGACCACUACCUCUAACGAUGACGCCGAC